CUUGACCACUUUUGUGCAGCAUCAUGUGGCAGCUGCUACCACCAACGGCUCUGCUACUUGUAGUUUCAGCUGACCUGCAGGCUGCAGGUCUCCCAAAGGCUGUGGUGGUUCUUGACCCUCAGUGGGUCAGGGUGCUGGAGGAUGACAGUGUGACUUUGAAGUGCCAAGGGUCCUACCCCUCUGGGAACAAUUCCACGAUGUGGCUGCACAAUGGGAACCCCAUCUCAAGCCAGGCUUCCAGCUACAUCAUCAAGCCUGCUAAAGUUGAAAACAGUGGAGAGUACAGGUGCCAGACAGGCGGCUCUGCGCUCAGUGACCCGGUGAAGCUAGAAGUUCAUCAGGGCUGGCUGGUGCUCCAGACCCGUCAGUGGGUGUUCCAGGAGGGGGAGACCAUUUGGCUGAGGUGCCACAGCUGGAAGAAUACUAGUCUGCUGAAGGUCUCAUAUUUACAGAAUGGCCAAGUCAGGAGGUAUUUUCAUAGUAAUUCUGACUUCCACAUUCCAAACGCCACAUACAGUCAGAGUGGCUCCUACUUCUGCAGGGGACUUAUCGGAGGAAGUAAAAAUGAAUCUUCAAAGACUGUAGACAUCAUUGUUCAAGGUUUGACAAUUCCAUCCAUCCAUUCCUCUCCACCUUGGUACCAAAUCGCUUUCUGCCUGGUGAUGGUAGUACUGUUUGUAGUGGACACAGGGUUGUAUUUCUCUGUGCAGAGAAACCUUCGAAGCUCAGUGGCAUCCUGGAAGGACCACAAAUUUAAAUGGAGCAAGGACCCUCAGGGCAAAUGAUCCCUUUUUCCACUGGGGUAAUGAGAACAGUGGCUGCAGGAUCUCUGAACCUCUCUCUGGAUUUGCAGUGGUUU